UAAUUCCAUUAACAUAUAUAUAUGGAUAGAUAUAUUUAUAUAGUUUAUUUUAUAUGAUAAUGAAUUUUGACAUAAAUAACGUAACUGUUAGACAUUUCAGAGAAAUAGAUCUAGGCAAUAUUCCCAAAUGGAUAUUCAGUAUAGAAGGCUGGGGGACCAGUGUUAAAUUUUUCAGAAGCUGCUUCAAAGUUGACCCCUCAGGUUGUUUUAUAGCUGAAUUACCUAGUCAGGAGAUAAUCGGCAUCUGCCUUGGCCUCAAUUUAAACGAUGAUUUAGCAUUUGGAGGAAGUCUCAUGGUUAAGAAAGAAUAUAGGAGAAGAGGGGUAGCUAAACUUUUAUGCAACGAAAGAUUCAAACAUGUUCAAAAUAGAUUGUUCGGCAUCAAUUCCAUCGAAAGCAGAAUCGAGACUAAUAUAAAGUCAGGAAUGAGUUACCCAACUUUCAAAGCUCAGAUAUUGAUAGGUGAAGUGAAUAUCGCAGCACUUAAAAAAACCUUAAACUUAAUUAAUAAUGAGAAACAAAAGAAGAAAGAUAAUAUUAUCCACUAUAUUCCAUUUCUUCCACAUCAAAUUAAUGAACAAUUGUUACAACAAAUAAUUUCCUAUGACGAGCGCAUUCAUGGUAUUAAUAGAGACAUAUUUCUAAGAUCUUUAUUCGAGAAGGAUGAAAAUAUUGCCCAAAAUAAUUCAAACGAACUCGAUAAACAAGAUAUUAUAGGUAUGCUAGCGUUUAGAUUUAAUAAUAAUAUAACCCCACCGAUCACUGUAGGGAAUAUAUUAUCGCACUUAGAAUCAAACACAAUAGAUAUUUUAGGUUAUGGUUUAAUAUAUAAAAAAUAUAUAGGAUGGACCAUAGCUCCUUUAUACGCUGAAAAUGAAAUGAUCGCAUUACAGAUAUGGUUAAGAUUGCUAUCUAUAUUCUCCUGUAUUAUUAAUGUCGAUAUAAUUGUUCCGGAGGAUAAAAUCAAAUCACAACUCUAUAUCGUGAUGCAAAAUAUGGGAUUAAAAAAUGUAGCAAUUAUUUACAGAAUGUACCAUUCUAACAAGUUAGAGCCGGGGGUUGGUGUUAAUUUAGAUCCCAAUUUUUUGAUUCAGAGUGUUUACGGUAUGACUAGUAGCAGUGCAUUUUUAGUCUAAAUUGCAUAUUUAAUUAAAGUUUUAUUAAAUUUUUCAAAAAUAUAUAUAAUGAUUAGUGACAAUAUGCAAAAUUUUAAUAAUUAUUUGUUAUUGUAUAAAUAUUAAAAAGAUAAUACGUGUAAU